GGCUUUGCAUUUCAGUCAGCUGUAGAUCACGAAUCUCGAGCACCACUAUGUUACUCCCGAACGAUUGGCAGGACUUCAAUAAUGAAUCUACCGGACCGAUAGCACAGUCUUGGAAGUACGAAUCCAAGAUGAAUGGUUGGAACACCCCAGCUGACUACAAAUCAUACGUCCAUCAACAUUGGCUGAACUACGAAGAGCCUAAUCCGAUGCUUCAUCAUUUGCUCGGCGUGCUCUACAUCUUUUUUAUGAUUGCAAGUUGCCUAGGCAACGGAAUAGUCAUUUACAUUUUUAGCACGACAAAAGAGCUGAAGACGCCCAGCAACAUUUUGAUUCUUAACUUGGCCAUUUGCGAUUUUAUUAUGAUGGCCAAGACACCAAUCUUCAUUUUGAAUAGCUUCAGCGAAGGUCCCAUUUUUGGUCGAUUGGGUUGCUCUAUCUACGGCCUGUUGGGCGCUUACACCGGACCCUGUGCGUCCGUCACUAACGCUGCCAUUGCUUACGAUCGCUACAGGUGCAUUUCUGAUCCGAUGGGUAAACGAUGGUCCAAAAGUCAAGCUUCGUUGAUUGUUCUCGGCUGUUGGGUUUAUGCCAGUCCCGUGUCUCUGCUCCCGUUCACGGAGUUCGUCAACCGUUUCGUGCCAGAGGGCUAUUUGACUAGCUGCACAUUUGACUACAUGACCGACACAUUUGAAACGAAAAUGUUCGUUUUCUUGUUGUGGAUCUGGUGCUGGAUCAUUCCCCUUUCGGUCAUUAUAUUUUCCUAUGGUAAAAUAACUACUCAAGUGAUGACUCACGAAGCUAGUCUCAAUGAACAAGCCAAGAAGAUGAACGUUGAAACGUUGCGAAGUGGAGCAAACAAGGACGUUCGCAACGAAAUUCGUGUGGCUAAAGUUGGAAUUUCACUUACGACGCUGUUUCUAUUGUCGUGGACACCCUAUUUCAUGAUCGCUUUUAUCGGAUGCUAUGGAAAUCGCUCAUUGCUAACACCGGGAUUAUCAAUGAUCCCAGCUUGCACCUGUAAACUGGCUGCUUGUGUCGAUCCUUUCGUAUACGCCAUCAAUCAUCCAAAAUACCGAUUGGAAUUGAUGAAAAGACUGCCAUGGCUUUGCGUUCAUGAAAGGGACGAAUCUGCAAAAGAAGAAAGCUCUAACGUUUCGGAAAUAAGCGAAGCUGAAUCCAGGACAUAAACAUCAUUUAUCACGAACGAUCUAACCUCUCGACGAUUCCAAAAAAAAACUAUUAUAAAUAAAAAUCUAAGUUGCUACAUUUCGUUUCUGUUGCUGCGCUCUCCUUUAGCAAGUAAAGAAAUUUCAACACUCAUUUGUAUUUAACACCAGUCAGGUAGUCCAUCU